GAUGUUCUUCGCAAGUGCGAUGAAACGGCCACAAAUGUCAAAAUGACGCGACGUACUUCUUGUCGUGGACUCUCCCUGCAUCACAUUCGGGCAAAUAUUGAUCGACAACACCUGUUGGUCGUUCCUUCGCCUGUUGUCAUUUCGUUUCCUGAUUUGUAUUUUGCUGACUGUGGGGAGAAUGGAUCGAGUAACACUGGUGGUAGGAUCUUGUGGAAAUGUUGAAGGACAGAAAGUACAACAACAACAACCUAAUUUUCUUAUUCUACCAACAACAUCUUUCAUUCUCAUCCAAGGACUAAAUAAGCCACCAGAACCACCAACAAGCAUUCUUAUUGUACCAGUUGAAGAUAAAAAUGAUCCUCCACUUGUAGCCAAUAAAUUUGAGAUGGGGAAUGAAGAGGGACAAAGUAUUGAAAAUGGAGGCAACGAGGAAUCAUUUACAGGAGGGGUGGGGGUUGCUGCUGAUGCUGCAACUCAGACAAACAAUCGUAGUGACUUGGGCGCAGAAGCCUUGGUGUGUCCUGUCUGUCUCCAAACCUCCUCAUCACUCAGUGACCUACAAGCGCACACUCUCACCCAUUCGGUUGAAAACCUCUACAUUUGUGAGGAGUGUGGCGAGAGCUUCAUUGAGAAAAAUGAUUUCACAAAUCACAAGCUAGUGCACACCAAACGCCCAGAAAGAUCUCCUUUACUGGAGGAAGCAAAUUUGGAAUUGCCUUCUCUACCAGACGUUGCAGAUUUGGAAUUGCCUUCUCUACCUGAGGAUGCAGAUUUGGAAUUACCUUCUCUACCUGAGGAUGCAGAUUUGGACUUGCCUUCUCUACCUGAGAAUGGAGAUUUAGAAUUGUCUUCUCUACCAGAAAAUGCAGAUUUGGAAUUGUCUUCUCUAUCAGAGAAUGCAGAUUUAGAAUUGUCUUCUCUACCUGAGGAUGCAGAUUUUGAAUUGUCAUCCCUUCCAGAGGAUGCAGAUUUUGAAUGGUCUUCCCUUCCAGAGGAUGCAGAUUUUGAAUUGUCUUCCCUGCCAGACGAUACUGAUUUUGAAUUGUCAUCUCUAUCCAAUGAGAAUGACAUGAAACCACCUUCUUUUCCGGAGAGAUGUUUGAUCUCUACUCUGAUAGAGGAGAGAGAUCCAGAAAAUUGUGAUGACCCCAGUCCUAUUAAUGAGGAUUGCUCUAGCAAUCGUGGAUUUUUAGUUGAAGAUGAGGAGUCUUGGCUGUACACUUUAUGUUUAGGAGCUAGAACACCCCAGAGCUAUACAUAUUGUGCUCCACAUUGUAGCAUGUCCAGAACUGCUGGGCUGAUGGUUUUUAUUCUUGUCACAAGAUGCCUCUAG